UUUAACACACCCACCCAGAUUCACACAUGCUACAAGAGGUACAUUCUCCUAUCCCGCUGUAGUCCUAGAGGUUGCCUGGCCCUCCGGGGGGGAUUUCUGUCUCCUGUUACCUGUGGCGAAUUGUUCCGUUGGCUCGCCUCGGGUGAUUAGUCCGGACUCGAUGUGACAGAAUUACGCAUCUUGGAUCGCUGAAGUGGAUGAGUGCACGUCGACUACUUUUCGGGGACUUUCCCUUGAAAACAUUUAAAUGUGAAGAGCUUCACUCCCCGUACAUUUUUUUCUCCCGGGGCCGACGUCCCAGCUGAUCCAUGGCUGCUCUCCCCGUAUCGGAUUGAGGUUCGACGGUGAGACCGAUGCGCGCCUUCGGACCUCUUGGACACGCACGUUUAACGGAUCGUUUCUCCCGCGUAUCACAGCUGCGUUUGGAUCCUACUCACUUGUCUGCGACUCUGUAAUCCUUCUAAAACAUUUAGUGGUCGACAGGAGAGGGGACAGCAGCAGUGUGAAAAGGAUGUGGCUUGCGCAAAUCGACCGCUGGUCUGAACCGACUCGACCUGUUUUACCUGGACGCUUGCGGAUGAUUUUGCGCUUCUGAAAUCUGGACAUCCACGCAAAUAAAAGCAGGACUCUGAUGUUGAAAAUACAAAGGCUGAACACUGAAUCCUUUACUCAAGACGGCAAGUGAAGAUGGGUCCUACGUGUUUAAUGUAUAUUUCAUUAGAUUGGCGUCCAGUCUAAUAAACAUCAUCAGCGAUGUAGUCAGCUUGUUCAUCUGCGUGCUGAUCAUUUGCAGUAAAUACUCACAUCUGCUCAAAAGGGAGACCAUGAAGAUGAUCCUCCUGCGUAAAUUCCGGGUUUUGAUUCUCAUGGUGUUCCUCAUUGCAUGCUCGAUGCACAUAAUGAUAGACUUGUUACCAAAGCUGGAGAGGCACAGCAACAGCGGCUGCUCCUGCUCUCACACGCCGAGCGAGGAGCCCCAGAGCUGGGGGAAACAGAGUUGGCCUAACAAGCACACCCUGCGGAUCCUUCAGGACUUCAGCAACGAGCCCAGCUCGAAUGUUUCCUCCCACUCCCUGGAAAGGGUCCCGGUCACAGGCGACAAAACACAGGCUCUCAGGAGGCUCGAUCACUACGGGCAACGUGGUGACAGGAAGAGACAGUUCAUCCAGGACGCCGCGGUGACCAAGAACAUGCCGGCUAGGAGUUCAAGGUUGUCGGCUCUCUAUGACCAUCCCUUAUAUAAAAGAUCCCCUCCACCUCUGACAGACGAGGACACGCUGUUCAACGUCAACACGGACAUCAGAUUUGACCCCAAAGCAGCAGAUCAGGAAUGGAAUGGGGAAGGCAACAUGGAUGAGUUCAGCCCAACUGGGGAGCUGACGGCUGACUCCUACCCCAACUGGCUCCGCUUCCACAUUGGGAUUAAUCGAUACGAGCUGUACUCCAGACACAACCCGGUCAUCGAUGCUCUCCUGAAGGACCUGGUCACCCAGAGGAUCACUAGCGUUGCAAUGAAGUCUGGAGGCACCCAGCUCAAGCUCAUCAUGACCUUCCAGAACUACGGCCAGGCUCUAUUCAAACCCAUGAAGCAGACUCGGGAGCAGGAGACCCCCCCAGACUUCUUCUAUUUCUCUGACUUCGAGAGACACAACGCUGAGAUUGCUGCCUUUCAUCUAGACAGGAUUCUGGACUUCCGUCGCGUCCCUCCUGUGGCCGGGAGGCUUGUCAACAUGACGAAGGAGAUCCGAGACGUCACCCGAGACAAAAAGCUCUGGAGGACGUUCUUCAUAUCACCAGCCAACAACGUGUGUUUCUACGGGGAGUGUUCUUACUACUGCUCCACUGAGCAUGCUCUGUGCGGUAAACCAGACCAGAUUGAAGGAUCCCUGGCUGCCUUCCUCCCAGACCUGGCCCUUGCUAAACGCAAGACCUGGAGGAACCCAUGGAGACGCUCCUACCACAAACGCAAGAAGGCAGAAUGGGAGGUGGAUCCGGACUACUGUGAGGAAGUCAAACAGACUCCACCUUAUGACAGUGGGACGAGACUGCUGGACAUAAUGGACAUGACCAUCUUUGACUUCCUCAUGGGAAACAUGGACCGCCAUCAUUAUGAGACGUUUGAAAAGUUUGGAAAUGAGACCUUCAUCAUCCACCUGGACAAUGGCAGGGGCUUUGGAAAGCACUCCCAUGACGAGAAGUCCAUUCUGGUGCCAUUGACCCAGUGCUGCAGGGUAAGGAAGUCGACCCACUUGCGUCUGCAGCUGCUGGCUAAGGAAGAAUACAAGCUGUCCAUGCUCAUGGCAGAGUCCCUGGUGAGGGACCGUCUCAGUCCCAUCCUCAUCCAGCCACACCUGGAUGCCAUGGACCGACGACUACGCCAGGUGCUGAAUGUGCUGGCAGAAUGCAUUGAAAAGGAGGGCUACAGUUAUGUUGUAGAGGACGACCUCCAGAGGGACCAAGGGACAGACCACGCCCACACCGCCCCACGACGGAGGUAGCUGGCUGGGAGGGGGUGGGUGGGUUGGGGGGUUGGAAGCUGGGUAGGACGGAAUCCCUGAAGAUAGAGGAUUGGACUGAGCAGGUCCAGUCAUCCUUUUAAACAGAACUGGCGUCCUGCGACACAGAUGAGUUCCAUCUGUAUUGAGUUUCUCAGAGGGUUUGAUUUGCUGAACUUACCAGGGACGCCCGCCUGCCGGAAGUGAAUAUAAGCUGUCUGGAAGUGGAAGCCUGCUGGAUAGGACUGGACUCUGACAAACAGUGCAACGGCUUUAACUGCGCCGAAGCUCGAGACGCAGGUGAUGUCGAAGACUUCUGGAUGGAUCUGGGGCCCGGAUCAUAAACUGAAACUGAUCCACCCCCUCAUCACCUAGACUCCUUAAAAUAUCCAACCCUGACUCUUGUGUAGGAUAGUAUCACCACAGCUGACCCCAAACACCGACCCACCGCAGCACUACCAAACCAUGAAAGUCUUGCAAGAGACGCCUUCUCUUUGUCUUCUUCUGGACCCUUUUUUGAAUUCAGUGAAUUCUGAGGGACUUGUAAAGAAUCUCCCGACCCUCCCUCCGCUCUUCACAAGCUGAAUUAUGUGUUUCUACGUAUCGUUGGUAUUGCAAGUGUUCCGGUUCACGGUGGAGGAGGAAGAGGUCGACUUCCUGUUGUCUUAAUUAUCAAAAACUAUGUUGUAUUGGUUUGCCGCAAAAAUGAUUUAUUGCAUAGUGUCUUUUUUUAUUUUAAUUCUGCUGAGCUGCUUCAGCCUUUAUCAUCGGUAUUCAAGAUGGAAAUAUUUGAUUGGAGUGCAGGUUAACUCCUGGAUUUGUCCAUUAAUUUUUGCCCAUAAAUGUUACUUGUCCUUAAGAGAGUAUUUAUUGAAAGUCAUAUUUAUUGUUUGAAAUGAGUAAUAAUACAUAAUCAGUAACACAGCAUCAUUUGUUCUGUUAAAAAGAACUAUUUAAUUUACAUUACAGAGGUGUACUUCCUCAUUUGUCCAAAAGAGGGCAAAACGAGCACGUGCAAAAGCAGCUGCCAGGUCCGUGCCUCUCAUUAACGUCACAGCUCUGCAUAUUUCACCCCAUUUUUAAUAUCAAGCCAGAAUUAAAACCGGUUUACAGCUACCGUCAAGUAUUGGUUACAUUCAAAUGAGCAAGUCUACACCUGUGUUUACAACAUUGAAUCCAUUUUCAACUACUGUUUCUGUUUUUUUUUUUCUUUUCAGUGCAACAGAUAUGAGGUUAGAUUUACAGUAUGGUACCAAAAGCCAAAUGUGACACUAAUUGUUUUAUAUUAUUGUUUCUUUGUAAUAUAUUUGAUGUCCAGAUGUUGCUGUUGUGGAGAGAUUAUUUUUCAGGAUGUAUAUUUCAUUCAUCACCAACAGCUGAUAGUUUAGCUGUCGGUGUCAACGAUUCAGUCACUGGCUGAAAGUUAAUAUAUACAGUAGGAAAAUCUAGUGCCUGUGCAAUGAUAGAAAUACUUGAAUGUGUGGUUUCAUAGCAGAAAGGUUUAAACUCCUCCCGGGUACGAGCUAUAGAUAAGAUGCGGAGGUCUACAUAUAUGUGUGUGCUGACUCCAUCUGUUCCAUGAGGGUUUUAUAAAGUCUUAAGUUUCCAUAGUCCUGUGUCAGUACAGUGUGUAUGGACGUAUGGGUGGAUCCAUGGAGAACGUUAGAUGAUGUGUUCUUAAAGUGAAAAUGCUUCUUUUUUAUUCGACUCAUUGUUUCUGUGGAUUUUUUUUUUUUCAUUUCUUUGCAUCAUGG